UGUACUCUAUUCGAUGAAGCUUGUUCUGUUCUCAACAAUUUUCCUAAUAACUCAACCUUUAAAUAAAGCAAAGAUUUUAAUUCAAGGACGGAUAAAAAUCCGAAAAGAUUCGUUGGUGGAUUUGUCAAGGCCCAAGCCUAUCAGUAUAGACGUAACUGCUUGAAUCGGUAUGCUCUAGUUUGACUGCUCGAUUUCUAAAAUUUCUCAGAUUUUUAUUUUCUACUUUUUUUUUCGGAUUUUUUAAUGGUUUUGCUCUCUUUGUUAUCAUGGUGAUUUUGAUGAACUACGAGAACGUUAAGUUAGAAGUAGGAAUGACUGGCUAGCUCAUCAUGUGUUUGAUGUAAUGCCUGGCACGCGUUUUAUGUUAAUGCGCAUUUCUCUGUUGAGUUUGUGGGAAAUCUUUAUUAUCAGUUUGUGGGGGGAUCUUUACUCUUGAACGGGAUGCUUGAGAAGAUGAGAGGAAGAAAAAUAUGCUUUUGGGGUUCAUAUGCUUUACCCACUGUCACUCCACCCCUAAAAAUCAGUCCAUGAAGCACACUUUACUCCUAAUAAAACCUGUGCAACAACCCACAGUCUCCAAACAGCCCACUAUCUCAUUUGUUCAAGAUAAUUCUAUUGGGUUGAUUUGGUCAAAUUUGACCGGGCCAAAAUUCCAAGACAGAAAGCUAGGUCUUUGAAGCCUCCGUCCCCCUCAUCUUUGAUGCAGAGCUAAUAGACUUGAGGUGUGAGGUCUUGUUGCAUUAAGUCCCUAUAAUAACUUCAAUGUCAUAAUCUCGACGCAUGCAUAUCCAGAUUGAAACAAAAGUUCCAAAAGAAGUCAUCGAGGUGUAAACAAAAGCAUAUGCCAAGAAGGUAUUGCCGAGAGGACAUGACUUGGGAUGUGAAGUCAAGUUCUUCUACUGCUGACAAUUCUUCGAUAGUUCGGUUCUUUUUAUCAACUGAGGUUUAGCUGAGACUCUUGCAUGAAUACUGAAAGACGUAAAAGCUAUAAAUAGAUAGUAAGAGUUUAAAGAUAUAUCAUUCCUAUCACAUUUGCAGAAUCCAUUCCAAUGUCACCACAGUUUGUAUUUUCAGCGCUCACAGCUCUAGUCCUCCUUUCAUGUCCACAAGCUUCCACAUCCACCCCCACCUUCCAUCCAAAACAUGACAAUGUCACUGAUCGACAAUCACUUCUCUCCUUCAAAUCCACGAUAUCCGGCGAUCCUAGAGGAUCACUGGCCUCGUGGAACGACUCUCUUCAUUUCUGCCGAUGGCAAGGCAUCACUUGCGGUGGCUUCCAGCAUCCUCAAAGGGUCAUAUCCUUGAACUUGAGCUCCCUCGAUCUUGUUGGAGUUAUUUCAGCGGCCAUAGUAGACCUCACAUUUCUCAGAAGGAUUGAUCUGUCGGACAAUCAAAUUAGCGGAUCCAUCCCACAAGAGAUUGGUCGCCUUUCCAGGUUGACAUAUCUUAACUUGAGUUCGAAUUCUCUUGAAGGAAGUAUCCCUGCUUCACUCUCUCACUGUUCAAAAUUAGAGGUACUUUUUCUGCGGGAUAACAAGCUCCAAGGUGAAAUUCCAGUCAGUCUCAGCAAUUGCUCCAGCCUACAGGUCCUAAAUUUAAAAAACAAUAGCCUCACAGGACGUAUACCUUCUUCAUUAACAAAUCUUUCCUUUCUUUCUGUUCUAUCUAUGUCUGGAAACAAAUUAUAUGGCGGCAUCCCACAUACCAUUGGAAACCUUACUUCUCUAACUCAACUCUUCCUAUACAAUAACAACCUUAGUGGCAGCAUCCCAUCUAGCAUAGCUAACCUCACCUCUCUAACUGAACUUUAUCUGUACAAU